AAAGCAGGAAGAAGGCAAGGCAUUGAAUGCUAAAAAGGGCAGUGGACGUUCAAGGAGUGCUAAAAGGUGGGGGGUUUAAACAUCAAGGAAUGGAAGAGAGGUACAAUUAACCUGAUAUGUGCCAGAUCACUGUUUACGUUGGUCGUCAUCAUCAUCGCCGCCAACCACCACCUUCAUCAUUCCUAUUACUAAGUGAAAUGCACCAGGUCUGCAUGGAACCCCAAUAUUGAUCAUGGAGAUUGAAAACAUCGUGGCCAACACUGUGCUCCUGAAAGCUAGAGAAGGAGGCGGUGGAAAGAGGAAUGGCCGCAGUAAGAAGUGGAAGGAGAUGCUGAGGCUGCCACAUAUUAGUCUGUGUGAGGAGCUGAGGCGAGUAAUAGAAAGGGAUUACUCCAGUCUCUGUGAGAAGCAGCCCAUUGGGAGACUUCUCUUCCGACAGUACUGUGAUACGAGGCCAGAGCUGAAACGGUGUGUUGAGUUCUUAGACGCAGUGUCGGAGUAUGAAGUGGCGCCAGAUGAGAAGCGCAGAUACUGCGGGUUGAAGGUUUUAGACACAUACUUCAAUAAUGGGUCGGCAGCCCAUUUACCAGAAAUACCUCAGGAAGUAGUACGGGAAUGCAGAGAGACGCUGGAGCAGGCUCCCUGCAAAGAGCUCUUUAAAGACUGCACUAAAAUCGUUCAUGAAUAUCUCAGCGGAGUGCCGUUUUCACAGUACCAAGAGAGCAUGCAUUUUUCACGCUUUUUACAGUGGAAAUGGUUAGAAAGGCAACCUGUAACCAAAAAUACCUUCAGGCAUUACAGGGUACUGGGAAAGGGUGGAUUUGGAGAGGUCUGUGCCUGCCAGGUCCGUGCUACCGGUAAGAUGUACGCCUGUAAAAAGCUUGAAAAGAAAAGAGUAAAGAAGAGAAGAGGUGAAGCAAUGGCAUUAAACGAAAAACGAAUUUUAGAAAAAGUUAACAGUAGCUUUGUAGUUAAUUUAGCCUAUGCCUAUGAAACCAAGGAUGCACUUUGUUUAGUAUUAACCAUAAUGAAUGGUGGGGACUUGAAAUUCCACAUCUAUAACAUGGGAAACCCUGGCUUUGAAGAGGAGAGGGCCAUCUUCUACGCAGCAGAGAUCUGCUGUGGCCUGGAGGAUUUACACAGAGAGCGGAUUGUGUAUAGAGAUUUGAAACCGGAGAACAUUCUUUUAGAUGACCGUGGUCAUAUCCGCAUUUCUGACCUUGGCCUAGCAGUCCAGAUCCCUGAGGGAGAGACGAUACGAGGCAGGGUUGGGACUGUCGGAUACAUGGCCCCAGAGGUGAUUCUGAAUGAGAGCUACACGUUCAGCUCGGACUGGUGGGGGCUAGGCUGCCUGGUGUUCGAGAUGAUCCAAGGGCAGUCCCCUUUCCGGCGGCGCAAGGAGAGGGUAAAGCGGGAAGAGGUGGACCGGCGAGUGCGUGAGGACCAGGAGGAAUACUCGGACAAGUUCUCUGAGGAGGCCAAGUCCAUCUGCCGAAUGUUACUGAAUAAAGAUCCCAAACUGCGGUUGGGCUGUCAAGGACAAGGGGCCACAGAGGUGAAGCAGCACCCGAUUUUCAAAAGCAUCCACUUCAAGAGGCUGGAAGCCAACAUGCUGGAUCCUCCCUUCACUCCUGACCCUCGAGCAGUGUACUGCAAAGACGUCUUGGAUAUUGAGCAGUUCUCCACAGUCAAGGGGGUAAACUUGGACCCCACAGACGACGACUUCUAUCACAAGUUUGUUACAGGCAGUGUCUCCAUCCCCUGGCAGAAUGAGAUGAUCGAGAUGGAAUGUUUCAAAGAAAUCAAUAUAUAUGAGACAGAUGGAACACUGUGUUCGGAUCUUGAUGUAAAUAAGCCCACCCCCCCGCCAAAGCGAGGCUUCUUUUACAGACUCUUCAGGAGACAGGUCUGUUUUAAGGGUGGGUACAGUGAUGAUGAAGAGGGGCCCUCAAGAAUGUAAACUACUAUCUCAGCCAAAACAUCGCAGUCUUUAAAACAAUUUAAAAAAUAAAAAAAAUGAAUGUUACUAUAUUUAUGAAAUGUAUUAUAAUUAAAAAAAAUACUGUAUGAGUUUACAGAUUUUGUACAUUUGUACUUGAAUUAUGUCUGUAUAUUUUCACUAAAAGUUGUAUUGUACAAAAAGCCAUAUAAGUACCACUUGAAUGCAUACAUAAUGAAUAUAAAAAUAUGUAUUUAAACUUUUUUUUUUUUUUUUUUCAAAAGGAGCACGGUAACGGUACCAUGAGGUACAUUAAAUAAAAUGCAGCUUUGCCAUUUCCCAGUCAGACAGUAUGACUUCUUUAGCAUUGACAUGCAAGUUUAGCUCUGUACCUACAGCUGUAUUAAUAGAAAUAUCAGGGGCCAUCGUUGGGGCAAGAUUUGCAAAGUUGUCCAUACGUGUAAAUUGUAGCCGAUUUUCUCCAGAAAUUCAUGGUCACAUUUGAAGUUGCUGGAAAGAUAUUAAUAAAAAAAAAAAUUAAUAAUAAAAAAAGAGAAUCAUGAAAAUAAUAAUAAUAAUAAUAAUCUGUGAACUCGGUUCUGAAAAUGGAUUGAGUAAGUCAGUCCUGACGUUUUUGUUUGUUGAUAUGUUUAUAUUUAAACUAAGUUUUCUGAACAGUAAAGGGGAAAUCUGUAAUCCUGUAAAUUUAUUUUACUGUAUAAAUGUAUAGAAGUAGCUAUCAGAAAGUGGGUCAGAGCCCUGCUACCUCUGCAUCAUUUAGGAUAUUCACAUGUAGUAAAGUAGGAUGUACAUAGCAAAAAGAAAAUGUUGCUAGUUGUACAGCUACUGCCAAAGGUUUUGCAUCAACUUAAAUUUUAGGAUUGAGACA